AAAUCCGUUGCAGCAGCAAGGCCAGAGAGUUUGCCUUGACUCCCCUCACUACCAAAAUAAAUGUGCAGGGCAGGAUUGUUCCACUGAGCAGCCGUGAGUGGGGAGAAAGGAGAAGAAAGGAGAUGGUACGUGCCGACAGCUCUGAACUGAAUGCAGUGAGGAUUGCUAUGUACGGGAGAGUUCAGGGGAGAAAGAAGAGGAAGUCACAGAGGCAGCCCAGGCUCGCAGGAUGGCGAGAGCCAAGCUGAAGAAUUCCCCUUCAGAGAGCAACUCACAUGUGAAGACUGUCCCACCAGCAACGACAGAAGAUAUCCGUGGGGUGAGCCCCUUGCUGCCAGCGCGGAGGAUGGGCUCCUUGGGGAGCGAUGUCGGACAGAGGCCCCACGCCGAGGAUUUCAGCAUGGAUUCCUCCUUCUCUCAGGUGCAGGUGGAGUUCUACGUCAAUGAGAACACCUUCAAGGAGCGCCUGAAGCUCUUCUUCAUCAAAAACCAGCGAUCGAGUCUGAGGAUCCGACUGUUCAACUUCUCCCUGAAGCUGCUCACCUGCCUGCUUUACAUCGUGCGUGUGCUGCUCGACAACCCAGAGGAGGGCAUAGGAUGCUGGGAAUGCGAGAAGCAGAACUACACCCUCUUCAAUCAGUCCACCAAGAUCAACUGGUCACACAUCUUCUGGGUAGACAGGAAGCUGCCGCUGUGGGCUGUCCAGGUCAGCAUUGCCCUGAUCAGCUUUCUGGAGACCAUGCUGCUCAUCUAUCUCAGCUACAAGGGGAACAUCUGGGAGCAGAUUUUCCGCAUUUCUUUCAUCCUUGAGAUGAUCAAUACAGUGCCCUUCAUUAUCACAAUAUUUUGGCCUCCUCUGCGGAAUUUGUUCAUCCCUGUCUUUCUGAACUGCUGGCUUGCCAAGUACGCCUUGGAGAACAUGAUAAAUGACCUGCACCGUGCCAUCCAGAGGACCCAGUCUGCCAUGUUCAACCAGGUGCUCAUCCUCAUCUGCACCCUCCUGUGUCUCGUCUUCACUGGUACCUGCGGCAUCCAGCAUUUGGAGAGAGCGGGAGAGAAGCUCUCCCUCUUCAAAUCCUUCUACUUUUGCAUUGUCACCUUUUCCACUGUGGGCUAUGGGGAUGUGACACCCAAGAUCUGGCCUUCCCAGCUCCUUGUUGUCAUCAUGAUCUGUGUUGCACUGGUUGUGCUGCCGCUGCAGUUCGAGGAACUCGUCUACUUGUGGAUGGAGCGGCAGAAGUCAGGGGGCAACUACAGCCGGCACCGCGCCCAGACAGAGAAGCACGUCGUGCUGUGUGUCAGCUCACUCAAGAUUGACCUCCUCAUGGACUUCCUCAAUGAGUUCUAUGCCCACCCAAGGCUACAGGACUACUAUGUGGUGAUCCUCUGCCCCACGGAGAUGGACAUCCAGGUGCGGCGGGUGCUGCAGAUCCCUCUGUGGUCACAGCGGGUGAUUUACCUGCAGGGCUCUGCGCUGAAGGACCAGGACCUCAUGAGAGCCAAGAUGGACAAUGGGGAAGCCUGCUUCAUUCUCAGCAGCCGGAAUGAGGUGGACCGCACGGCGGCGGACCACCAAACCAUCCUGAGAGCCUGGGCCGUGAAAGAUUUUGCCCCAAACUGCCCUCUCUAUGUGCAGAUCUUAAAGCCGGAGAACAAGUUUCAUGUCAAGUUUGCUGAUCACGUCGUCUGUGAGGAGGAGUGCAAGUAUGCCAUGCUGGCGCUCAACUGUGUCUGCCCUGCCACCUCCACGCUCAUCACGCUGCUGGUGCACACCUCCCGUGGGCAGGAGGGCCAGGAGUCCCCGGAGCAGUGGCAGAGGAUGUACGGUCGCUGCUCAGGCAACGAGGUCUACCACAUCCGCAUGGGUGACAGCAAGUUCUUCAUGGAGUACGAGGGGAAAAGCUUCACCUACGCCGCCUUCCAUGCACACAAGAAGUACGGUGUCUGCCUGAUCGGCAUCCGCAGGGAGGAGAACAAGAGCAUCCUGCUGAACCCUGGCCCACGGCACAUCAUGGCUGCGUCUGACACCUGCUUCUACAUCAACAUCACCAAGGAAGAGAACUCUGCCUUUAUCUUCAAGCAGGAGGAGAAGCAGAAGAAGAAGGGCUUUGCAGGCAGGGGCACCUAUGAUGGCCCUUCCCGCCUGCCCGUGCAUAGCAUCAUCGCCAGCAUGGGUACAGUGGCCAUGGACCUGCAGAACACUGAGUGCCGCCCCACCAACAGCAGCAAGCUGGCGCUGCCAGCAGAGAACGGCUCAGGCAACCGCCGGCCCAGCAUCGCGCCCGUGCUCGAGCUGGCUGACACCUCAACCCUGCUGCCCUGCGACCUGCUCAGCGACCAGUCGGAGGAUGAGAUGACACAGUCAGACGAGGAGGGCUCAGCGGCGGUGGAGUACGUGAAGGGCUACCCACCCAACUCCCCAUACAUCGGCAGCUCGCCAACCCUAUGCCACCUCCUGCCCGAGAAAGCCCCAUUCUGCUGCCUGCGGUUGGACAAGGGCUGCAAGCACAACAGCUUUGAAGACGCCAAGGCCUAUGGCUUUAAGAACAAGUUGAUCAUCGUGUCGGCAGAGACCGCUGGCAAUGGGCUGUAUAACUUCAUCGUCCCGCUGCGUGCCUACUAUCGGUCUCGCAAAGAGUUGAACCCAAUUGUGUUGCUUCUGGACAACAAACCAGAGCACCACUUUCUGGAAGCCAUCUGUUGUUUCCCCAUGGUUUACUACAUGGAAGGCACCAUUGACAAUCUGGACAGCCUGCUGCAGUGUGGCAUCAUCUACGCUGACAACCUGGUGGUUGUGGACAAGGAGAGCACCAUGAGUGCUGAGGAGGACUACAUGGCGGAUGCAAAGACGAUUGUCAACGUCCAGACCAUGUUCAGGCUCUUUCCCAGCCUCAGCAUCAUCACAGAGCUGACCCAUCCCUCCAACAUGAGGUUCAUGCAGUUCAGAGCAAAGGACAGCUACUCCUUAGCCCUUUCCAAGCUAGAGAAGAAAGAGCGUGAGAAUGGCUCCAACCUGGCCUUCAUGUUCCGCCUGCCCUUUGCUGCGGGGAGGGUCUUCAGCAUCAGCAUGCUGGACACGCUGCUCUACCAGUCGUUUGUGAAGGACUACAUGAUCACCAUCACCCGACUGCUGCUGGGCCUCGACACCACGCCGGGCUCUGGCUACCUCUGUGCGAUGAAGAUCACAGAGGAUGACCUGUGGAUCCGGACCUACGGGCGCCUCUUCCAGAAGCUCUGCUCCUCCAGUGCUGAGAUCCCCAUCGGCAUUUACCGGACGGAGUCGCACAUGUUCGCCACCUCCGAGCCCCAUGACAUCAGAGCACAGUCACAGAUCUCCAUCAACGUGGAGGACUGCGAGGAUACGAAGGAUGUGAAGGAGCACUGGGGCAUCAAGACGGGCCACCACAGGAACUCGUGCUCCAGUGACCAGUCUGAGCACCCGCUGCUGCGGCGCAAGAGCAUGCAGUGGGCACGCCGGCUGAGCAGGAAGGGCAACAAGCACUCCGGCAAGACAGCCGAGUGGAUCAGCCAGCAGAGGCUCAGCCUGUACCGCCGCUCCGAGCGGCAGGAGCUGUCCGAGCUCGUCAAGAACCGCAUGAAGCACCUGGGCUUGCCAACCACCGGGUAUGAGGAUGUAGCAAAUUUAACAGCCAGUGAUGUGAUGAAUCGGGUAAACCUGGGAUAUUUGCAAGAUGAGAUGAAUGACCACCAGAACACUUUGUCCUAUGUCCUGAUCAACCCACCCCCAGACACACGGCUGGAGCUGAACGACAUCGUGUACCUGAUCCGCUCCGACCCGCUGGCACACGUGGCCAACGAUGGGCACAGCCGCAAGAGCAGCUGCAGCAACAAGCUGGGCCCCUGCAACCCCGAGACACGGGACGAGACCCAGCUGUGAGAACAAGCCGUGUGCUGCGGGGACAAAAGCGAUGGGACAGGCGGGCAGGCGGCCGGCCAGAGGCACCACGUGGGAGUUUUUAACUUUUUAUACCAAUACCGCAACUAGUGAGAAAGUCUUUGCUGGUGCUGGUGGUGAGACUGGAGCUACAACUCGGCCCGUUUGGGGGGCCCGUGUUCAGAAUUGUCCCCAAAUGAUGCAGGCCAUUCGCAUUGGAUGGGGACAUUGCUGAGCCAAGGGCAGCCGCUCGUCCUGCUCCUCUUUGCUGGGUGUCCGGGAUGGAUAGCCCAAAUUUGGCUCUUUCACCCCAAUGUUCUCCUUGCUUGUUGGCUUGUCCUGGGGGCUGCGUGGAGACAGUGGGGAAGAAGAGGACAGUGCAGCCCUUCCAGCACCCAAGCAACAUUUGCAGAUCCCAAAACACACCAAAAAGACAACAGUGUGACCCAAAGCCGUGCGGCACUGCUCUUGUUGCACACAUCCUGGCUUUGGGGACGCUGGCACCCACUAGGGCUCAGCAGCAAAGGCACCACGGACGGGGAUGUGUCCUGCUGGCUCCGUGUGGUGUUGGCCUGGCCAAGGCCCCGUGCUGCAGACGGAUGUGCAUUGGCAGCCCAACACGACCCCUGGCUGCUUCCAGCACAGCGGCAGCGGAGACCUUUCUAUAGCAGAAACAUAAGACGUAUUUUCCAUCUAUUUUUGCACACUUUGCAACGUCAACAUGUCAAGGUUUUUUUUUGUUUGUUUGUUUGUUUUCUUUGACUGCCAAGAGAAUAACCAAGUUGUUAACUUUAUAUACUUUUACAUUCAUAUACUAAAACUUCAAUGUGAUUUUUUUUUUUAUUUUUUUUAACAAGUAAGCCUGUAAAGCCACAACACAGCCGUGCCCUCCCAGCUCCGCUGCCAGGAAGGGGUUCUGCCAUUCCCAUCCGCCACCCUUCCCCAUGACACACAAUAAAUGUUGUUUACAAAAGCCUGCUUAAAAUUACAGCACCCCACGAAGGCACUGAGCUCUGUGCUGCCUGAAAAGGGAGGAAAACCCACCCAGCCAAAGCUCUGUGGGCUGACAAUUGGACGGGGUCUGGGCUGGCCUUGCUUCUAAUGCCUAUGGUUUCUGCUGUUUUGCAGCCUAGCAUUGCCAUCUGGCACUCAGUGGGCAGUGCAGGUGGAAAUACCCAACCCCCACCUGAGUCCUGCACUGCACUGAGACGUGGGCACAACCAAACCAUCACCCAUGCUCUGUUUGAUAUUAUUUGUUUCGCUUUUAACUAUGCAUUUUUUUUCUUUUUUUAAAUCUCUCUGGCUGCAGCAGUUCUAUGUUUUAUUUAUUUCUGCUUGUAAGUUGCUGUGCCAAAAAAAUUAAGUAGUUCCCUUAGGAUAAAGAGUGAGAGCAGCUGAAGCACAAAGCCAAUGGGGUUGAGCCAUGUCUGACCUCACAGUGCUCCGUCCCUCUGCUGUCAGUGCACACAACUGAGCCCAGAGCUGAAGGUUUUCCAUCCCAUUAACCUUCAAGGGAGGGGGAAACAGAGCAGCACUACAUCCCAACCCAAAGAGGGGGCUGAGGUCAUGGCUUUGGACUCAGUGAUCCUUACGGGCCCCUUUGAGCUCGGGAUAUUCCACAGUUACCCUAUGCUGACCAUUCAGAAGGGAACAUUUUCAUCUCUUUCCCUGCAGUUGGCUGCUCUGUGUGCCUGGGGGCAGCCCACCACCCCACGGCACCCCAGGCACUGCAAGAGCAUCCCUCACCCUCACUGCAUUCCAACACCACUUCUGUUUGUACAUUAAACAAAGAUGUGUAUUUAAGAAGAAAAAAGCUACACCUGUAUAAAUCAUACACUUUUUUUUUCUUUUUCCAGACAUUAUUUCUAUGGUGUAAAUUUAUAGCUGACAUUCUAAUGGGACGUUUAAAGAAAAGAAAUAUACUGUAGAUAUUUACCUGUGGUCAAUGCAAGUCUAAGAACAAAGUGUUAAAUUUUUUCUAAAUCCUCAGACUCGGUUACAACACAAAUGUAAAAAUGAGAAUAUUUUAUUUUUGUAACGGUUGUGGCAUCAACAGAAGCUGCUGCUGCUCACCCAGGGCUGUCUCAGAGCGGUGGGUGCUGCCUUGAGGCCAUUCAGGAGCAGAGGAGGAGGGAUGUGCUGCACUGACUGCUUCACCCCAACAGCUCCAGCACAGCCCCAAUGCACAGCAGUAUUUAUUUCAGGUCGCUCUCAUUUGGUUUUAUUUUUUCUCCCCCAUUUUCCCAAUGAAAUCCAAUGGUUUCACCACCAGCAGUGAGUGGCACUGCUCUGGCUCCCAGCUGGCUCAAAGCUCAGCACUUUGCCCAUUGGGGAAGCAGCGCUCCCCAGUCCCAGAGGGGAUGCACACAGAUGGCACUGCUGGCCCAGGGACGCCUCCUCUUCCCCCUUAGCUCCCCCCUAUGGGGAGAACACAGCGUUGGGGCUCCCAGAGCAACAAAACGCCCUUAGAAAAACAGGAUUCUAUAAAGGAUGCAGAGCUGAAAGGUCCUGAGGAACGCAGACACAUGAGAGAGGGCUGCAAGAGUUCCAAUUUUACUGGCAUUGUGUUCUAUGGCACUAACAGCUCCAUCCUCUGACCAGGGACCACAUCCCCACCCCACAUCACAACGUUGCAGCACUACUGAAUACUCACACACCCAUCCCCAUUUUUACCCCUCCAUCUGAACACGGCCUUUUCACUGCCCAAGGGGGAACUGCUCUCCAGCUCAGCUCUGCGUGGGCUCCAUCAGCCACAGCCAACAGAAAAUGCAUCCUUCCCUUUCCAAGGCCUCAUUUUGGGACAUGUAUUCUUGGGAUGCACUAUAGCCAACUGGAGAUGUUUUUGUACGAUUCCCGUGAAGAUGUUUCACGUUUCUGUAAAGAGAAAUCGAAAUAAAAGAGCUGCAUGCAGCAACAACAGAGA